GAGGUGCUGCGGGGGCUCUCCGUGGACGAGCUGGUCGGCCUGGUCAGCGGCCGCGACCUGUGGCACAACCACGGCGUGCCGCGGCUCGGCAUCCCGCCGUUGCGGUUCACGGACGGCCCCUUCGGGGCGCGGGGCGUGGAGGACGGGGGCCCCCCGAGCGCGCUGACGCCCUGCGGGGCGGCGCUGGGGGCCCUCUGGGACGUGGAGCUGCUGGGGCAGCUGGGCUGCCUGCUGGGGGAGGAGGCGAGGCGGAAGGGCGCGCACAUCCUGCUUGGGCCGACCGUCAACCUGCACCGGGUGCCGACGGCCGGGCGGCAUUUCGAGUGCCUCAGCGAGGACCCGUUCCUGACGGCGCGGCUGGCCGUGGCAUACAUCGGGGGGGUGCAGGGGCAGGGGGUGGGCUGCUGCGUGAAGCACCUGGUGGCGAACGACCAGGAGCGAGCACGCAUGGCGGUCAGCGCGGAGGUCUCCGAGGAGGCGCUGCGGCUCCUCCAUCUCCGGCCGUUCGAGGCCGCCGUGCGCGAGGGGCGCGUGCUGUCGGUGAUGACCGGCUACAACCGCCUGAACGGCACGUUCUGCAGCGAGAACAGGUGGCUGCUGGAGCAGGUCCUGCGCACCGAGUGGGGCUUCGAGGGGCUGGUGGUGAGCGACUGGUUCGGCGCCCACAGCACCGAGGGGUGCCUGCACGCCGGCCUCGACGUCGAGAUGCCGGGCUGGCCCGCCGGCAUGAGCUACGGGCCGGCUCUGCGCAGUGCCGUGGAGGAGGGCCGCGUGCCGAGGGAGCUGCUCGUGCGGCGGGCCCGCACGGUGCUGCGCGUCAUGGAGCGGCUGGGGCUCCUGCGGCCGGGGGCCCGCGAGCAGGAGGGGGCGGCGUCUCGCAACACCGAGGGCCAGAGGGCCCUGCUGCACAGGGCAGCGGCCGAGUCCGCCGUGCUCCUGAAGAACGCCGGCGGGGCGCUGCCGCUCCCUGCCCGCUGCAGCGUCGCGGUCAUCAGCCCGGCCGGGGAGGAGCUCGAGUGGAUGUGGGGGGCGGCAAAGAGGGAGGGUGAUGACUAUAGGGAGGGGGGGGAUAUCCUGGCGGGGGCCAUGAUAUUUCCGCAGAUUUCAUGGCGCCUUUUCUUAUCUCAUUGCGUCCCUGGCCCCCCCGCUGGGCCGCGCACGUGCCGCCGGUCAUGA